AUGGCACAUCUACCCGCCGAAGGCGAGGACGACCACUACUACGGCAUGCUUCCCACGUCGCCGCCGCUCUUGGACUUUGGAGAUUUUCCCGCCGGCGCCGCCGCCGACGGCCCUGCAAACGACGCGCUGGGCCCGGCCCGCCGCGUCCCCGAGCAGGACUACUCGCUGUUCCUUGGCCAGAGCUCGGCGUACUCGCACACGGCCCGGCAAAACACGGUCUUUUCCACACAGAACCCGGCCCUGUCCACACAGAACCCGGCGUUCUCGCAGACCCCGGCCCAGCACUACGACCCCGUGAUGUUCGCCAACCCGAACCAGCACGCCAAGCCCGAGAGCCCCGGCUUCCUCUCGCCGUCCAGCAUAGACCCCGGCUACGGGCUCCAGGCCACGGAGCGCCUCACCACGCAGUCCGUGUACUCGGACGCCGCGUCCAACGCGCACUCGUUGUUCCACGACGCCGCGUCGCACUUCAGCGGCGCGGCCGAGCCGCCGGCGGGCUUCUUUGACCAGGCCCCGCACCACGACACGUUCAGCCAGGAGAUCGGCUUGGGCGGCUCCAUCUCGUGCACCAACUUGGCCGACAUGGGCGCCGCGGGCCACGGCUUGUACGCCGACAGCGUGUAUCCGCGCACGGGGCACGGCAGCGCCCAGCAGGCGUAUGCCGCGGCUUUGCAGGCGCCGGCCACGGGCGCGCCCCUUGGCGCGGACGCCAUGUUCGGCCAGCAGCACUGGCCGGCGGCCGACGUGUUCCAGGGCCUCUACGGCCAGCACGAGGUGCCCGCAAACAAGCUCACCGAGGACAACCUCUCCAGCUACAACGGCCACGCGGCCGCGCCCGACGCGCAGGUCACCAUCUCCAUCCAGCAGGCGCCCGAGCUCGUGGCCGCGCGCACGCCGUCGCUCUUCAGCAACUCCUCGCACAACUCGCCGCUGGAGCCGCGGCUCGACUACUCCGGCAACCAGCUCCAGCCGCCGGGCCAGCCGGCGCGGGCACCGAGCCCGUCGCUCUCGGGGAACCCGCCGAGCCCGUCGCCCUCGUGGAACAGCUGCCUGAGCCCGUACUCGGCCAACCUCCCGAGCCCCGGCGAGUCCGCGUACUCGGACUUGGAGCCCGAGUCGUUUCUCCGCCCCGAAGACUACAGCAACAUGCGCCGCGGCCGCCAGGCGGUGCACCUACUAAAGGUGCGGGCGCAGCUGCGCUCGCGCUCGCGCUCGCGGUCCGGCUCCGUGGCGAGCGCCGCCGGGCCCCAGGCCUCCGAGAACGCGCCGGACGCCGGCAGCACGCCUCGCGCGGACGACGCGGAGACGGCCAGGUCGUCGCGCGAGAAGAUGCUCGAGCUUGCGUCCUCGGCGUCCGUGUCCAAGCGCACGCAGAUCCACCCCUCCUCGUACGCGUGCCACUUGUGCGAGAAGAAGUUCACGCGGCCCUACAACUUGAAGUCGCACUUGAGGACCCACACCGACGACCGCCCGUUCAUCUGCAACAUCUGCGGCAAGGCCUUUGCGCGGCAGCACGACCGCAAGCGCCACGAGGAGUUGCACUCGGGCGAGAAGAAGUACCAGUGCCGGGGCAUUCUCCGCGACGGCACGCCGUUCGGCUGUGGGCGCAAGUUCGCGCGUGCUGACGCGCUACGCCGCCACUUCCAGACCGAGUCUGGCCGCGAGUGCAUCAAGCUCUUGGUCGAGGAGGACACGCGAGAACAGAACACGGACUCCGUCUCCUCGGGCAUCCAGCUACCGGACGGCGAGUUCAUGAACCCCAACGCGCCCGAAGUGCCUGUCGUGUCGGUACUGCCGCCACAGUGA